AUGUUUAGACGAACGGCAGACACCGCAGACUCCAUAACGCCGGCGCAUGAAUGUCUGGUCGGCUACAUCACAAGCAUUCUUGGCAUCUCGCGUAGAAUUACGUUAAGGGCGCUGCUUAAUGCGGAGAACAAGAGCGUCUGUUCCAAUUUCCUCCAGUCCAAAGACCCGGCUAGUGCUGCUCUAUUCGUCGGAGUUCAAUCUCUAAAUGAUCGCCCCUUUGAUCCAUCCAUGGUGGCAUCGUUUCAAAUAAAGUUCUCGAAUGCAGCCAGCUUUCCUCAGAAAGUCGAAGGAAUCCUCUUUUUGGACAUUGGAUCCGAUGAAGGAUCCAUUACCAAGGAAAACUUCAAGACGCGAGUCUUUAUUAUGCGUCGACCUUUACCCAUCCCAGACAUGUAUCAAUGGUUAUCUCAAAUUAUCAAGGCCUUUUUCAUUCCCGCUAUGCAAGCACAAGAAGCGAAUUUAGGAAUGAUGAUGCACCAAACGAAACAAUCGUUCAUCUUUGCCGUCAACGAGUAUAUAGAAGCCCUUGAAACAAAUGAUCUAUGCUCCAAGGAGAAGUUCAAGCUUUUUCCUUACCGAGACAUUGAUGUCGAAGCUCUUAAAGACUCACAAAACGUUCAUGAGGCAGCACGCAACUUGGAGAACCUUGGACUACUAGAGGAAUGUGUCUGCCAUUGGAUGAGACAAGUGUCCCUGGAGGUUCAAGAAGUUGACAUGAUACGCGAAGAAAUGCCAAACAGUGGACCACGGACUGAAAUGAGAUUCUGGAGGCAACGCGCUGCACGGUUCUACCAAAUUAUGAAAGAAAUGAAUGCUAUUUUGGUAAAGAAAAUCCUGAAUGUGCUCGAGGUAGCUACUUCUAACACUGUCCCGAUUUGGAAGGAAUUGGAUAAUCGUGUAGUGGCGAUUCACAGUGAGGCACUGAAGAACGCCAAAUUUCUACAAGUUGUGAUACAACGGUGCGAUCCUCUAUACAGAUAUGAGAUUAACGAAAUGAGGCAUGGUAUGGGCGAUUUGAUGCACUGUUUACAAUGUCUCUACAGCUACUCACCACACUACCGAUCCUUUGCACACAUGACUAGUCUGUUUAUAAAGGUGAGUCAGUCCGUGUACUUGUGUGCAGCAAUGACUAGGUUCAUUAUAACGAAUCAGAUGAUAAUCGGUUGCCGAGGCUACGUAUUUGAAUCCACUCACGGAUCUAUAUGGAGUCAGGAUCUGGAUCAACUAGCUGAGCGUCUCAAGUCCUGUAUUGCAUUGAACCAAGCCUACCAGAAUGCCUAUCAUAAGGUGCAGAAGAACACACGGGCCGACCGAAAAAUGAUGAAGUUUUCUGAGGCUCAAGUUUUUGGGGAUUUUAACGCCUUUGUUACGCGUGCGGAAGCCAUUCUGCUAGUUAUAGGGAGCAUUAAAAAAUAUGCUGUACUUAGGAAUGUAGCUUUUGAUGGAAAAGAUGAAUUGGUUGAACAUUUUGAAAAAAUCUGCGAUUUCAUCACAAGCAGAAAUUAUAAUUUCCUUGACCUUGGGAAUUCACAAUUUGUCGAGGACUUUGAACACUUCGGUUCGGAGAUAAAGACUCUUCAGGAAAACGUUCAAAGCGCCUACAAUUUUCAAUGCAAUCGCAGCUCAACAGUUCUGCAAAAUCUGCGACAAGCACUGAGGUUAAGGCGAGCCCAACUGCCCAUUUUGGAGCAGGAAAGUCGGUAUAAACGAUUGAUCAAUCAGUUGAGAGCUGAAUUUGAUAAAAUCGGUGAAAUCUACACUCGUGAUGCCGAAAAUCCUCCAACUCAGCGCAACUUUCCUCCUUACGCAGGUCGAAUUGCGUGGGCACGCAAUUACUACCUUCGUAUGGCGGAACCGAUGUCGAUUCUCUGGAACCAGUGUCCCUCCGCCUGCGCUUCUCGAGAAGGUCAGCGAACAAUACGGAAGUUCAACCGCAUUAGCGAAACGCUCGUCGCCUACGAGAUUACUGUCUUUCAGGCCUGGAAAACAUUUGCAAAUAAACUCUCUGGCCUCCAUGCCUCAAUUCUGAUCGUGCAAAAGACUUCUCCACAAAUCACUUAUGUGGCCAACUUUGACGAGAAUAUACGGAUGGUACUGCGAGAAAUAUCUUGUCUUGAUCGCCUUGGAUGUCCAAUUUCAACGAUAGCCGAAGAAUUACACAGACGAGGUCUUUUCCUUAAGAAGCGUUUGAAUAAAGUUCAGACUAUGCUCCGCCAUAAGAAUGAUGUGGAGCAAAUGAUUCCGCCAAAUUUGGAGAAGCUCUUUGUGGUCCGCGUUUAUCGCAUAAACGAGGCUCUAGCACCGGGACUCUACAUCCAUGACUGGUAUACCUCCCUGUUUGAAAAGUGGAUUGCGAACUGCGAGUCCGUCAUACACGGACUUGCGAAGGCGAUACAAGGUGCAAAAGACAUAUUAGACUACCAAAUUAACCCAACUCUGACUGCGAUGGAGCAGUGCAAGUUCGUCCGAUUCCCUGAUCAGCCCGAGAGGCAUCCUUAUGAGUUGCCCAGUGGACGAGGAAAUGCAGCAAUUCUCGCGAUCUCCCCUCCUGUCACAUCUGCUGGUGUCGCUUCGGGCAGUGGUUCUGCUACUUCCCCUAGACCCUCCACCUAUGCUGGACUCUACUUUCAGAGUCGUCGAGAGCCAGGGGUGGGAUGGACCUUAAAUGAGUUUAUCCGAACUACUGUAGAACAGGCGAAUAAUGCCGCUGCCUUGCUCCAGCAGCUCUCGCAAAUCGCCUUUGAGGCGGCAGAGACCUACGCCACAAUGGCUUUGACGGAUUUUGACGAGUUCGUAAAAUUAUUUGGAGAGCGUUACCGCAGAGAAGGAGCGGAGCCUAGCUCCAGUACCAAUGCCGAUGGGGCUGGGGGUAGUCAUGUUACCUCUCCUUCCACCCUUGAAAACAAAGAGGAUGCUAAUGAAACCGGCAUGUAUCAGGAAUCGAAGAAGAUUAUCGUGCAAACUGCAAUCGCAAUUGACGAAUUAAUUCGCAAUUAUGGUCAGCUUGCAGUAGAGGCAGUAAUAAAAUCAGUGCGAGGAUCUUUGGAUGACUUUUGGCGCAUAUUUGGAAGCAGAGACUGUCUUGGCUUAUUAAAGGACGUCGAAAACAAAAAGAGGAAAGCAGGAGGAGGACAUGUGGAAACGAUAAAUGAGCUUACGUCGUUUACAGAAGCGGGUGGCACUCGUGAUCGCGGGUCUCGGAAUUCCCUUCGUUUUAGUGCGACUCAAACAUCUCCAACUAGUACCCUAAGUCCGCGUACGCUGAGCGAUCGGUCGCCUCUAAGGCCUUCCUCACGGAGUAUCUACGGUGGUCAAUUAAGUGCAGUCCAUGGCAGCUCAGUACAGACGAAUGAACAGGAUAUAAACUGCUAUACUGAUGUACGUCAUGACAAAGAAAUUUACAAACUGCAAAGUCUCCUUCUCACUUGGAUCAAUUCAACGAAAAAGGUCAACUUCCUUCCUGGAGAUCAAAUAAUGGAAAUGACAUCAGUUCUAAGUCCCUUUCAUGACUUUCUUCAACUCUGGACAUCUUCUCCCAUGGAUAAUCUUCAGGAAUUCCUAAUCGAGCACAGCACUCCGACGAUAGUGGAUAUUGAAGAAGUCUGCUCAAAGCUUUAUGAGGUUGAAAAAAGUCUACUAAAUCUUUAUGAUAUAUAUUACAUUGGACCAAUGGAGAUUCACACAAAUGGUUUUAAGUAUCUGGCAUUGCGUCGACUGAAGGAGCAUCAGCAAGUGUUUGUGGACCUUUGCGUUGAACGCCUAAUCUAUCCAGUAUUUUCGGAAAUGGCUCAAAUGGAAGCAACAGAUCGCAUCAUCUCAAAAUCUCCCAAAACAAUUGCUGAUAUCAGCACCAUAAUGGAAUCGAUUUCAAACUUCAGGAGCAUUGAUGUAGAGGUAGAAAUGAAGAUCAUGCUUGCUGAGGAAUCACAGCAAAUGCUGAGUAAAUAUAAGGCACAACUAUCAAUCGAGAUAGUGGAUAGGGUCGAAUCUGUCAGGUGGAUCUUCUACCGAGUCAAGGAUCGUAUAUCAAAGGUGAUGGACGAGUUGUUAGCUGUAGAGAAAACAUAUCAGGAGGAUCUUCGCCAGAGAGCUAUCAUUCUGAAGGAUGAAAUUAACGAUUUCAUUGAAGCCUUCAAUUUGAAAGGUCCCCAAGAACCAAACAUCUCUCAAACUGAGGCAAUAGACCGUCAAAUGAUCGUUCGCAACAACUAUGAGAGAUUGAUAAUGAAGGCAGAGGAGAUACUGCGAGGACAGCGUCUUUUUGGUUUGUCUGAGAUGAAUCUGUCCAAUCUUCGAGCGGUAGGAAAGCAGAUGGAGAUGCUACAACGCCUCUACAGCCUCUACAAUAGCGUGCACAAUGUAGUUAAUGAGUUUCGUGAGACACCAUGGAGGGAGGCUAACUUUCAGGAGAUUGAACACUCGCUUCUGACAUUGCAGACUAGAUGUCGCAAGCUGCCAGCAGUACUCAAGUCAUCAACUCUUUACUCUGACUUGGAGACCACGCUCUCGAACUUGCUGGGUAAAAUGCCAAUACUGCACUUAGUUCGUAACCCUGCCAUGAAGUCGCGUCAUUGGGCAGUGAUUAGUCAGAUCACUGGCCAGCCAAACAUUGACCCAGAGGCGGACAGUACGAUCUCUACAAAGGUCAUCAUUGAUUUGCCUAUCGGACUAGGGGAUGGUGCUACUCGUGAAGCUGUGGAGGAUGUCUGUGUGGGUGCUACGCGAGAGAAGGAGAUUGAAGUGAAAUUGCAGCGUGUUGCACAGGACUGGGAGGAGCAGGAGUUUGUUUUGACGGCCUUCAAAAAUCGUGGAGAACUUCUUCUUAAGGGAAGUCGAAUUGCGGAGAUUCAGAGCCUCCUGGAAGACUCCUUAAUGACACUGACAUCCCUCUCUAACAGCAGGCAAGAAGGCAUUGGCGAAAAGCUUUUUGAGACGAUCGUCAAAUGGGUAAAUAACUUAGCAACAGUGAAUGAGGUGUUGGACUAUUGGGUGAAGGUGCAGUCUCUGUGGGUCUAUCUUGAAGCUGUAUUUGUGGGUGGCGACAUCGGAAGGCAGCUGCCACAAGAGGCGCGACGUUUCUUGGCGGUGGACAAAUCUUGGGUCAAGAUCAUUGAUCGAGCUCGAGAUACUCCUUCAGUGGUCACCUGCUGUACUUCCGAUACCACUUUGAUGGAUUUGUUGCCGCGAAUGCUUGAGCAAUUGGAAAUUUGUCAGCGCUCGCUUUCGGGAUAUUUGGAGAGCAAGAGACUCCUCUUUCCCCGCUUUUUCUUUGUCUCUGACUCAGUACUGCUAGAGAUCCUUGGUCAAGCCUCCACUCCGGAGGCUAUUCAGCCUCACCUCCUUAAAAUUUUUGACAGCAUUCAUCACCUGCGAUUCAUUAAGGAAGACGUGUGGAUUUCGGCGGUAUAUUCGCCUCUUAAUGAAGAACUAAUCCUGAAUCCUCAACUGCAAUGUGAAGGUCCCGUGGAAAUGUGGCUGUUGCGACUUCUCGUGACAGUAAAGUACUCCCUCUUCGAUUGCAUCCAUACGACUCACAAUCGUCUGAUAGACACAGAUAUCAACCUUCAACAGUUUUUCGAUGAACAGAUCUGUCAGAUGGCCACCUUAGCUGUCCAAAUGGUAUGGACUCUAGAUGCUACGUUGGCGCUGAAUGGAUCGAGGGAGAAUGCAAAAAUAAUGACUGAUGUUUGUCAGAAGUUUGAAACCCUCUUGGAGGUACUUAUUAGUAGAACUACUGCGAAUUUGAGCCCUCGUGAACGCACGAAGUACGAGACGCUUGUCACUAUCCAUCUUCAUCAGAAGGAUGUGUUUGAUGACAUUGUACAACAGGGCAUUCAUUCUCCAGAAGAUUUUGAUUGGCUUAAGCAGACGCGAGUGUAUUUUAUGGAGGAGAAUGCGAUGUGUGUCGUCUCUAUCACCAAUGUGAAUUUUGAGUACCAAUAUGAGUUCCUCGGCUGCACGGAACGUCUAGUAAUCACUCCCCUUACCGAUCGCUGUUACAUCACCCUUGCACAGGCACUCAGCAUGUUUAUGAAAUUCUUUGGAGUUUAUUUGUCCAUUGACAUUACAAAAGAUUGCUUUGCCUGUUUGGUGCAGGAUAUGGGUCGAUGCUUGGGUCAAUAUGUCGUGGUUUUUAAUUGCUCGGAUCAGAUGGACUUUCGUGGUCUUGGACGCAUUUUCAAAGGACUUGCUCAGUCUGGUGCCUGGGGCUGCUUUGAUGAGUUUAAUCGCAUUGAACUUCCUGUCCUUUCGGUAGCUGCUCAACAGAUCGCCAUUGUGCUCUUUGCCAAACGCGAUCAGAAGACUGAUUUUAUCUUUUCGGAUGGAGAUGUAGUUACAUUAAAUCCGGAAUUCGGUAUCUUUAUUACCAUGAACCCUGGCUAUGCCGGCCGACAGGAGCUACCUGAGAAUUUAAAGACAAACUUCCGCACGGUGGCAAUGAUGGUUCCAGACCGGCUCAUUAUUAUUCGCGUCAGAAUGGCUUCAUGUGGCAUCAUUGACAAUCUCACUCUGGCCAAAAAGUUCUUCUACCUCUAUAACCUUUGCGAGGAACAGCUAAGCAACCAGGUUCACUACGAUUUUGGACUUCGGAACAUCCUUUCAGUUUUACGAACUCUCGGUGCAGUACGACGAAAUGAUCCGGAGGAAGGGGAGAAUAAGAUCGUCAUGAGAGUACUAAGAGAUAUGAAUCUAUCCAAGUUGGUGGAUCAAGAUGAGCCUCUCUUUCUUUCUAUUUUACGGGACCUCUUUCCUGGUGUGACACUCGGGCGCAGUCGCAAAGAUGCGGAAAUCGGUGAACCUCUAGAACAGAAUGCAAAGGAAAUAAACCUCACUGCUCAUAAGCCUUGGAUUCUCAAGGUGUUGCAGCUUUAUGAAACACAGAAGGUGCGCCACGGGAUGAUGAUUUUGGGUCCUUCCGGCUCAGGCAAGACAAAGUGUGUGGAGCUGCUUCUGAAGACCCUCUCUGAUGUGGAUGAGGUGCGCCGCGAGGUUCGCAUGAAUCCUAAAGCUAUAACAACUUCUCAAAUGUUCGGACGUUUGGAUGUGGCAACCAAUGACUGGACUGACGGAAUCUUCUCCACUUUGUGGCGGCGGACCACAAGAAUGAAACCCAAGGAACACUGCUGGCUGGUUCUUGAUGGCCCUGUGGAUGCAAUUUGGAUUGAGAAUCUGAAUUCCGUUUUGGAUGACAACAUGACUCUAACGCUUGCCAAUGGAGAUCGUAUUCCGAUGGCGCCUAGGUGUAAGAUUUUAUUUGAGGUGGACAAUGUGGACAAUGCAUCGCCUGCCACCAUUUCGCGCAAUGGAAUGGUCUUCUUCAGCUCGUCCACCAUAAACUGGGAACCACUAGUGAAGACAUGGAUAAACUCACGCCUCAAAUCCCAACGAGCAAGGCUAAUGGAAUUGGCAACCGCUGUCCUCCCACCAAUAAUCAAAUUCGUCACCCGAGAAAUCCAUGUAAAUAUGCCUUUUCUGGAGGCGUUUUACGUGGCCCAGUUUUGCACCGUCUUUAAUGCUGUCGCCAAUUCCGAGGUUUCUGAGUCAAUGCUUAUAGAAAUGUACUUUCUUUUUGCUCUAACAUGGUCAUUUGGUGCCCUUUUGGAAAGACCAGACAGAGUCAAAUUUGAUGAACACCUACGAGACUCUGAGGUGUUUGGCAAAUUAAAUAUGCCACCUCCAAUCAUCCGCGGGAAAGCGGUCACCAUAUUCGACUACAGGGUUGAUUAUCAACAUGGGCGGUGGGACUACUGGGGGUCGCUGGUGCCGAGCUACGACUAUCCCAGGUGGGGAUACGUGGAGUUUGAGCGAGUGUUAGUGCCGAAUCAGGAUAAUGUGGUCACGGAAUACUUGAUGCAAAGUGUUUGCAAGACGGGACAUUCUGUCCUACUCUUUGGUGAAUCGGGCACAGCUAAGACAGCUAUCAUCAACAAGUACAUGAAGUCCUUCAAUGAAGACACGGACAUUGCCAGAAACUGUAACUUCUCCUCUGCUACUACUCCUUUUUCUUUUCAGACUUCUGUGGAAGCCUUUGUCGACAAGCGAGUGGGCCUUACUUUCGGUCCUCCGCUGGGCAAAAAGCUAACCAUAUUUAUAGAUGACAUUAGUAUGCCCAUAGUAAACAAGUGGGGCGAUCAGGUAGCCAACGAAAUCGUUCGACAGACCAUGGAGUGCGGCGGUUUUUACAGCCUCCGCAAACCUGGUGAAUUCAUCACCAUUGUGGAUAUACAGUUCACGGCUGCGAUGGUAACUCCCGGUGGCGGUCGAAAUGACAUCCCCAUGCGUCUAAAACGUCAAUUUUGCGUGUUCAACUGCAGCCUACCCAGUGAUGCUUCAUUAGACACCAUCUUUACCACAAUAGCAGUGGGACACUUCUCUAUGGACCGUGGUUUUACGAGAGAAAUUCAGGAACUGGCUAUAACCCUCGUUCCCUUAACGCGACGCGUUUGGGCAUCUGUCAAAGCUAAGAUGCUUCCAACUCCAAGGAACUUUCAUUACAUUUUUAAUUUACGCGAUCUUAGUCGCAUAUGGAGGGGCAUCACCUUUGCUACAAGCGAACAUGUUUUUUGUGGUUUCCCUAAGCAGGUUUUCCAGACACGCGAAUACCUAAUUCUCCUGUGGAAAAAUGAGCUUACACGUGUGUUAUCGGAUAGAUUAACUAAUCAGGAGGACAAAACUUGGUUCUCUGACAAGUUACAACAGCUGACGACCGGUUUUUUUGGCGAGGGUAUGAACGCCGUGCUGAAUCAGAAGGUCUCUUUCUGCGACUUCAUCCGACCCGAUGAAGAGAGUGAUGACUCAAAAAGCGGUGAAAUUUCUACUGAAAGCCUGAUUGUAUCCACAAAACAUUACGAACCAGUAUUUGACAUUGAGGCAUUGAGACAGCGACUAAUGAAAUUCUUGGAGAUGAUGAACGCAGAGAACCGUGGAACACCUUUAAAAGUUGUUCUCUUUAAUCAUAUCAUCGGCCAUAUCGUCCGUGCCUGUCGAGCACUCCGCUCUGAUCGAGGAAACAUACUCAUGGUUGGAGUCGGUGGCAGUGGCAAGGAUACUACCAUCAAACUAGCCGCUUAUGUUUGUGGUUAUCGACUUUUCACAAUCAACACUAGAAGGUAUUUUUUCUGUGGAAGCUCGACUUCGGAACUAUUUGUCGUCUGCCUCUGUAGCGUGUACACAGUUAUGAACCUCCUGGAGGAUAUCAAAAUGAUCUAUCGACGAGCCGGGAUGGAGGGCAAGGGCAUUGUGUUUCAAUUCAAUGACGCAAAUAUCAAGGAUGAGAUCUUCUUGGACCAUAUUAACAAUAUCCUAAUGGGUGGCAUGGUUGAAACAUAUUUUAACCGCGAGGAGUUGGAUGAGGCGGGUAACAGCAUAAUUACAACGUAUCGUCGAGAGAAUCCUCGUCAAUCAUGUGAAGGGCGUCAACUUAUCGAUUUUUUCCUUUCGCGCGCACGGCGCCACAUGCACAUCGCUUUGCUCUUCUCACCAAUCGGAGAGCGGUUCCGUGCUCGCGCUCUCGCCUUCCCCGGCCUAGUUGCGGGCUGCACUAUCGAUUGGUUUCAUGCCUGGCCGCGCGACGCCCUCAUCGCAUGUGCGGAACGCAUUUUCCAGGAGCCCCCUGCUAUCACACUCGCGUUUGCCAAUCCCAGUAUCAGUGUCGCCUGCGUCAAUGUGGCCGCUGACGUUCACCUCUACGUCGAACGCAUGUGCGUCAGCUACGCUCGCAUCACUCGACGCACAAAUCAUGUUACGCCCAAGACGUUCUUCCAUUUCCUCAAUACUUGCAAGGCUAUUUACGGUCGAAAGCAUGCAGAACUGACAGAGAUAGCUUAUCGUAUGGACACGGGUGUUAGGCGACUGCAAGAGGCACGGGAGUCCAUUGCCUAUCUUAAAAUCGAACUGGCAGCGGCUGAAGAGGACUUAAAAGAAGCAAAUUACUUCGCAGAACAGGUUCUUCAGCGAGUACUUGAGGAGACGGAGAUUGCUGCUGGCGCCAAGUCUCGUGUGGAGGUGCUUAAGCAGCGGUGCGAGGAGAUAGUUCUAUCCAUGGAGAGGGAUCGUGAGGAGGCCCAAGAGAAAUUGGUAACUGCACAGCCAGCCUUAAAAGAAGCCGAAGAGGCUCUCAACACUAUCAAAGUCGGUGACAUUGCCACAGUUCGCAAGCUGCAAAAACCACCAAAUCUUAUCAUGCGUAUCAUGGACUGUGUCAAUAUCCUCUUUUAUAGACCCAUGCUGCCAAUACAAAUGGACUCCGAGAAACCACAAUCUUUUACACCUUCAUGGACAGAGUCGAUUCGCUUUCUGUCAAAUCAGAAUUUUCUUACUUUGCUCACUAACUACCCAAAACACAUUUUAACGGAGGAGAUGAUAGACCUAAUGGAGCCUUACAUAGCCGCUCCGGACUACAACCCACGGAGUGCACGAAAGACUUGCGGUAAUGUGGCAGGUCUACUUCAGUGGACCUUGGCAAUAAUGAAGUACUUCUUCGUGAGUAAGGUAGUUGUCCCACUACAAGAUAGCCUGAAAAAGUCUGAGCAACUAUUGGAGAGAGCACAAGGUCAGCUUAAAGAGGUGGAAUCAGAAUUGGAGGAGAAAACCGCGACGCUGAACAAAGUGCAAAUUGAGCAUGAGGUAGCAUUGAAACGAAAGCAGAAGUUGAAGGACGAGGCGGAUCUCUGCAUUCGACGCAUGGACACAGCAAACCAAUUGAUUGAAGGUCUGAGUGGUGAGGCUAUGAGGUGGAGUGAGACCUCAAGAAUUCAUACACAGGAGAUAGUCCUAUUGACAGGGAACGCGAUCGCUCUUGCAUUCUUCCUCACCUACAUGGGUGGGUUUAAUCAGGCUGCUAGAUUCUCGGCACUGAAGUACUGCAUUCAUCUUCUGCAAAAGUAUGGUGUACCUCAGAGCGAAAGGCUGGAUUAUAUUAAAGCCUUGGCGUCUCCCAUCAUCGUGAAUGAAUGGAAAAUGAAGGGCCUCCCAGUGGAUGAGCUGUCUGUCCAAAAUGCCGUGAUAGCAACUGCCAAACUGCGCUACCCCCUCAUAAUUGAUCCUCAAGGUCAGGCCAAGAAGUGGCUCACCAAUCUUUAUGCUGGUAGAGUAAUUGUUGCUUCCGUCUCUAGCAAGAAGUUUAGAACUUAUGUCGAGGAGGCCUUGAACGCAGGAAAGUACCUUAUUAUCGAGGGCGUUAUGGAGGACUUAGAUCCAGGCCUUGAUCAACUAAUUACUCAGUCAUUCUAUGUUGUAGGAACAAAUUUGCAGGUGAAAAUAUGGGAGUAUGAAACUACGGUGGAUUCAAACUUUCAGCUCUUCCUCACCACACAGCUCGCUAAUCCUGCAUUUGCUCCAGAGCUGCUUGCCAACGCGGUUCUCAUCGAUUUCAACGUGACAGUCAAGGGACUGGAAGACCAGCUGUUGGCAAACGUGGUCUCAGUAGAACGAGCGAAAUUGGAAAGUCUUAGGAUAGAAUUGCUCAACAGAACCGUGGAGAACAGGAAGCGCAUUGAGUCUCUGCAAAUCAAUCUGCUCUACAGACUGGCUAAUACAAAAGGUUCUCUUUUGGACGACCAAGAUUUGCUCGAGGUCCUAAAAUCCACAAAAGUCACAUCAGAGGAGGUGAUGGAGCAGUUAGCCAAGUCCAAACAGGCAGAGGCGGAGAUAGAGGAGGCGCGGGAGGAGUACCGCCCCGUAGCAGAGCGUGGCGCUCUCAUCUUCUUCCUUCUUGAAGAUAUGGCCAAAAUAAACCAUAUGUACGAGACAGGUCUGCCACAAUUUCUAGUACUCUUCAAUCAGUCUUUGAUUGACUCCGAUGAGUCCUCUGUAACUCAGAAGCGUAUUCAGAAGAUCGUCAAUUACAUGACUAAGUGCAUGUGGAAGUUUUACACACGAGGCUACUACAAGAAGGACUUUGUGAUGUUUACACUCGCCCUAGCACUGAGGAUUGAGUUGCAGAUGAAAAAUAUACACAGGGAUGAAGUAGAGGUAUUUAUAAAGGGCGGAUCGGCUCUCAGUCUGCACAGCUGUCCACCCAAACCCGCAAAAUGGAUAGCAGAUGAUGUCUGGCUUAAUAUUAAUGCUUUGUCGAGGUUGCCAGCCUUCACUUCAUUAGUUGAUCAGGUUAUAGGGAGCGAACGCAAAUGGCGCAGAUGGCACGAGGUUGAGGCGCCAGAAGAGGGCAUUUUUCCUCUCAAUUACGACGCCGACCUCUCCACAUUUGGACGCCUUCUCUUCAUUCGCACCUGGUGCCCCGAUCGUGUAGUACAUCAGGCCCGCAAGUACAUCAGCGAGACUCUGGGCCAUAGGUUUGCAGAGGAGACCCUCCUCAAUGUGGAAGAAAUCUACGCGGAUUCAACAGCCAAAACUCCCAUCAUAAAUCUUCUCACAGUUGGCGCAGAUCCUACUUUACUGAUAGAGCAGUUGGCACGUCGACUGCAGACUGAAUUUCGCUUCAUAUCAAUGGGUCAAGGUCAGGAGGUUCACGCCCGUCAGUACAUCGAACAAGCAAUGCGUCAGGGCUCCUGGGUACUACUACAAAACUGCCACCUUUCCCUCGAUUACAUCAAUGAAUUGUCCACCCUCCUCGCAGGACUGAGGACAGAAAGCGAAUCACAUCGCAGGUUUACAACAGAUGCUCUAUCAUACACUGAUACUCUUGAUGAAUCUGUCAUUGAACAGCACACUCCACAACCGAACAUGAGCUACACCAGUAGCAUGAAACCAGUGGCAUCAGAUCAGUUUCGUCUUUGGAUCACCACGGAGGACCACAGUCGGUUUCCUGUUAACUGUUUGCAGAUGUCAGUAAAGUUUACCAACCAACCACCCGAAGGUUUGCGCUCGGGUCUGAUUAGGACCUUCUCCGACAUAUCGCAGGACCUUCUUGAUGCUUGUGUUAGUAUGCACUGGAAAGUCAUCCUCUACGCUGUGGCAUUUCUACACCGAGCCUUGGAAGGAAGAAGAAAAUUUACCCCAAUUGGGUGGUCGGUGCCUUAUGAGUUCAACCUGGCGGAUUACAGUGCGUCAGUGGAGUUCAUGCGAAGUCACAUUGACGAGAUUGAGGUCAUGAAAAGGAAUAUCAGAUCAAGUGUAAGUAAUCACCUUUUCUGGGCGAAUCGAAUGCGUUUUCCCCAAAGGACAUGCUCUAACCUCGUUUAUUUGGUUAAAGUUUACGUCAAACUAUCAUGA